UAUGAAACUAUUCAGUAAUGAUAAUCAUGAAUAAAUAGUUAUUUCAUUUAUGGAAUCAACUAAUUUGUACUUACAAAAUCCUUAAUGCAGGUACAUGUUUGUAGUUACCAUAAGAAAUGAUAUGUCCGUUUUGUAUAAUAAUAUAAUCUUUAAGAAACAUAGUUGAUUCGUUUUUACACAAAUAAACUGAACGAAAAUUUGCAAACCAACUAGUAGUUAUGCACAAAAUUUGAUACACACAUUUGCACACACUAAAAUGUAUAUUGUACCAUUGAAAAUUUGUUUAAAUCUUUAUUUUCAACAACAAAAAAGAUAAUAAUAAAAUAAAGGUGAUUUAAUAAUCUACUAUGCGUGUCAGAGCACAAUCAUCACAAUAAAUAACUUUUUUAUUCAGAUAAUCAAAAUAAAGUUGUGUAUAUUGUUUAAUAUCUAUCAAUGUAAAUUAAAUUAAAAAUAGUCAAUUCAACCUGUAAACCAUCUAGUUCAUUGUAUCACUUCUCAUGUAAUAACCUAUUUAUCAUUAUUUAAAAAGAUGGAUAUUUUCUGUAAACCUAAAUGUUUUACAUCAAUUCAUACUAUAAUUAUGACAAAAUGUAUAACUUUAUUAAUUAUUUAUGGACUGAUAACUAUUACAAUAUCUCCUACAAUUAUAACUUGUCAAAAGAUUAGUUGGGGCCUUGUUCAUUCAAUUUCACAACUGAGGGAAUUACUUAUCACAGAUAUACCAGAUGAUAAUCUUCAAUCAAACAGUUUAUUACAAUCUUCAGAGAAUAAUAAUGUUAAACAGAAACAUGAUGCUAUUGAUGGUGAUUCAACAUUAGUAAAUAGAUUAGAUAAAAAUAAUCACAAUACUGAAGUAUAUCAUCGUCAGACAAAUUCUGACUUACGUUUUGUAGAAGCAUCAAAAUCACAAAGUUUAAAUUAUCCACAAACAAACAGAAAUUAUAUGAAUCCAGAUUUAAACACAGAUAAUUAUAAUCAUGAACGAUUAAAUCAAACUCAGUUAAAACAAACAAUUCAAGAUAUGAACAAUAAUAAUGACAAUAUGAUGACAACAGAAACAUUUGUCGGUCCCGAUGGAAAAUUACAAAUGAGUAUAUGUGAUCAUCCAAAUGGAUUUUUACGAAGACAAAAAAAAUUAUGCCGUCAGUAUUUGCAUUUAAUGGAAAGUGUGAUACGUGGUUAUUUUAUGGGUUUAAAAGAAUGUGAAUAUCAGUUUUCUGCACACCGAUGGAAUUGUCAAGGGCAUAAUUUAACUAUUCGAACAGCACCAAAUAAUCGAAUACAGAAACGUCUAAGAUAUAGAGAAUCUGAACGGAAGAAUGAUUUGGAUAAUUCACAAAGAAAAUCUGUACGUAUACAAACAUACUUAGAUAAACUAUUAUCAAAAGGUACAAGGGAGUCUGCUUAUGUUUUGGCUGUCACAUCGGCUGGUGUGUCACAUGCAGUCACUAAAGCAUGUAGUAGUGGUUUACAUGAUAAUUGUGGAUGUGACAGGACAAUAUAUGAUCAUCCUAGAGAGCCGAAUUUUGAAUGGUCCGGCUGUUCAGACAAUAUAUAUUUCGGAGCAGAAUUUUCAAGACAAUUUCUCGACGUGCGUGAACGCAACAGGUUGAAGCGUAAUCCGAAAUUAGGCCUAACCAAUUUACAUAAUAACUAUGUAGGAAGACAUAUGGUUAUCAAUAAAAUGGAAGUUCAGUGUAAAUGUCAUGGUGUAAGUGGAUCAUGUGAGAUGCGUACAUGCUGGAGAUCGCUACCGAAAUUUCGACAUUUAGGUGCACAACUACAAGAAAGAUUUCAUGAAGCUAUACAGGUCGCUUAUAUGCAAAACCGUUUGGUUUCAAUGAAAGCUUUAGAACAGUUAAAUAAAGAAUCAAACGGAAACGCGCUUUUACUUUCGCACCCCGCUUUAUUAUCAUCGUCAGUAUCUGGAGCAUCAUCGUCUUCUGGAGCAGCAAUGUCAUCACGAGUUAAUCGAAAUACCUUAGAUUCGUUAACUAGUUCAACAUCACUAUCUCCAUCAUCUUUACCAUCACCAACAGAAAAUGAUUUAAUUUAUAUAAGUGAAUCACCAACAUUUUGUCAUCAUGACCCGCGGUACGGCAGUAUCGGUACAUAUGGACGUCAAUGUGACGAAAAUUCCCAAGGUUUAAAUAGUUGUCAUUAUUUAUGCUGUGGUCGAGGAUUUAAACGGCAAACAUUUGUUCAACAGGAAAGAUGUGAUUGUAAAUUUCAAUGGUGCUGUAAAGUUGUCUGUAAGACAUGCCGUAAAACAGUGGUCAUAUCCACAUGUAAUUAA